GAAAGGCCGCGUGGUUUCUCGUGAAUUGCUUUUAAAGUCUCCCCCUCCUCUUUGCUCCUCACUAAUUCUUCCUUCCUUCUCUCUCUAUCUCACUCUCUCUCUACAUCUCCUCCUCCACCACAACCGCCGCCUCCUCCGCCGGCGCCGCCACAAUCACCGCCACAAAUCCUCGAUUCUCACCUUAUUCAAAUUCCAAUCAAGAAUUACAUUAACCAGUACUACAGUAUAUUCAGCUAGCUAGCUAUGACGAGCAUCAUCCAAUCCAAUUCCGCCACGUCACAACAAGAAUUCGAUCAGAGGAAGAAACGGAGAAAAUUGACACACGAAACGCACGAUAAUUCCACGUCAUCAACGGACGUUGAUAAUAACAACUCAAUUAAUAAAACUAGAUGGAGAACUGAAUCGGAGCAACGGAUCUAUUCCUCUAAACUCUACGAAGCUCUCCGGAGAUCUCGCCGGUCAUCUCCGACGCCAGAAACCGCCGUUUCUCCCGCUGUCAAAGGUAGAAAAAUCCGCGACACUGCCUAUAGAGUUCUCGCUGUCGCUGCUAAAGGUACGAGUAAAUGGAGCCGCGCGAUUUUGGCGGGAAAAGUUAGGUUGAGAGUUAAAAAAGUUAGACAGGUGAAAGUUACCGGUGACAGAAGAAAGGAGGCGGCGGUUUCCAGAGAGAAGAAGAGAUUACCGCCGGUAGAUAAGAAAAUGCGUGUUUUAAGCCGGUUAGUUCCUGGUUGCCGGAAGGCGUCGUUUACUAAUAUUUUAGAAGAAACGAGUGAUUAUAUUGUGGCUGUGGAGAUGCAGAUCAAAGCUAUGGCCGCACUUGUGGAGAUUCUCGCCGCGAGUGGUGGCCGUGGCGGUGAGUCGCCGGUUGACCCCGCGAAUAGUCAAUUAUAGAAUUUGUUAGUUAUUUUACAUGCCAGGUGGUAUUACCAUUUCUUUUCAUUAUUAUGUUUUUUUAUUUUUAUUUUUGUAAUUUUAUUAUCUUUUUUUAUUAAAUAUUUGUUUCUUUAA